AUGUCGAGCCUGGACCACUCUCCUUUCCGCGGCGGGACAUGCUACGACCAGACGUUUACAGCGUACCAUGAUCCCAAUGUGCACAUCCUGCUCACCAUCGUAUUUGGUAUUUUCGCGCUCGUGUUUAUCUACUAUUUCGCGACGCGCCGGCCCAAGGCGGAGUACUUCUUCCUCUUCCUCUUUACGGGUCUCGAGAUCGGCUCGUUCGUCCUACGCUUAUAUGGAGAGUUGAUUUGGGCGACGAUCGCCAUGAUGGUGUACUCCGCCGCAAUCGGCAUGUCGGUGUGUGUGCUGUACAUGCUGUACGCCCGCUGGUGCCAGAUUGCGGACCGCUACUAUGAUACCAAGAUGUUCGACCUCGGCAUGCGCCAUCCUGCGUUCCCGGUCUGCUUCCUGGUGCUGAUCAUCGCUCUCGUCAUCGCGGGCGUGUGGGUCCCGACGAUCAUGUGGGUCGUGUACCUCGCGCUGUUCUUUGCUAUCUGGGUCACGACGAUCGUUGCGCUGAUCCGCCAUCGCCGCCACCGCCCGCCGACGCGCGAGCGCACGAUUGCGAUGAGCCAGAUGGAGGGCAAGUUCAACAUGACCCCGCUGGUCACGAGCCACAAGACCCUCGACAACAUGAUGGUCAUGCUCGUGGUUCUCUCGACGAUCAUGCUCGUCAAGACGAUCUUCCUCACUAUCUCGUUCGUGCUCGUACUCCUGUUCUUUAUCACGCCGUUCUACUACGUGUUCUGUAUCCUGGAGGACCUGGCGUUCUGUGUCAUUCUCUCCAGCCCAGAGGCCGUGAUGCUCUUUGAGCCGUCGCGCCACAUGCCGGAGGCGCGCAGCGAGAUGAUGAACAAGGACACUGUGAACCCUCUUCCGCUCUCGCAGCACCAGCACGACCAGCGGGCGGCGUACCACAACCAAUACUCAGGCCAGCCCAACGAGAACCACGAGGCAAUCACGAUGCCCGCCCAGGACCAAGAAGCCAAUGCUCCUUACCUCGCUGCGCAGAACAUGCAGCAGGAGAACAACGAGAUCCGCCCCGUUGCCUACUAA